AUGAUUAAUCCUUCUCAUGUGAGGGAUAUGUUUGAAUUUGACUUCGGUGAUGUAAAGUCAGGUGACACUCCAUUAUCAUAUGAAGAUAAAAGGUUUGUGAGUAGCUCAGGGAGGGAGGUAAAGCCAGCAGUCUGUCUGUGGUAUAGCAGCCGCACACACCUUGUUGGAUUUAAACCUGUGGAUUUAUUUCCUGUGAGCGCCAGAGAUUGGCACUGGGUGGGGCUGGCACUGCUUCUCCUCCAGCUGGAGUGUUCCCUGCGGUGCCUCUUUGCGUGGGCCAAUAAGGUGCCUUCGCAGGUGAUCACUGCGCAACACACGGCUCUCUACACUACCAUCGACCAUGCCCUUGCUGCUCCUGUGACAGGAGGAAGAGCAGGAGGCGCAGAAGGAGGAGGAGAGGUGCAAAUUGAAGAAAGAAGAGAAGAAAGUGGAAUGACUGAAGGAACAAGAAAAGACGAUGCUGAUGAAACAGAAGAGGCAGAAAUAAAGGACGAUAAACACAAAAAGAAGAUAGCGUUUGAGAGUUCCAAUAAGGGUAUGGAAAGUAUAAAACAUCCUAUUCUUCCUCAUCCACCUCUCCUCUCAUCCACUCGCCUAUCGCAGGAGACAGAAAAUGCAUUACAGGUUCUUAGAAGGUGGAUAAGUGGAUACAGGAGUCACUACCACCCUACUUCUCUCCUCCACGAGGCCCUCCUCUCUUCCACCUCCUUCCUGGGCGGGUGGAAGGAGUGGAAGAGAGUGGAGAGAAGCGAGAUGGAUUAUGUGGAGUAGGAGAAACAGGUGGAGGUGUUGGUGGAAGAGAUGGAUAGACUGUGUGAGAGAGCGGAAGAGGUGAAAGGCAAGAGUGAUGUGGAAGUGGGAGAUAGGAAGGGGAAAAAAGGAAGAAUUGAUAAAUAGGUGAAUAGUGACAAUGGAGUAGAAAAGAAGGGAAAUGAAGGAAGUGAAAGGACAGAAAACGAUGAAGAUAAACCCAAAAUAAGAGAAAAUCUAAGUUACCCACCUCUUUCACGCACGCACACCACCCUCCCAUUAACAAAAACCACGGUAUUCAUAGCAAAAAUCCAUAAUAUAACCUUCCAAGUCCUUCACCGACCCAAAUCUGAGCUGGAAGUGGUCUCAGUAUCGAGAAGAAUGACCACUAACAUCAACGCCAGCCUCAGGAACACACAGGAUAGUCUCUCCUUCAAACACACGCAGUUUAGAGAAAAGAAAAAAAUGAGGUCUAGACGAAGGGAGACUUAAAAAAAGACAACUCAACGCGGUGCCUGUGGUGGUGUGGACUUGCUAUCCCUUACUCCAGGCUGUUUAUAUGGUUCUUCUGUCUCUCCAAGAUGUUCCAGAGAUGGAGAGGGAUAGUUUUUCCAGUCUCAUGCGGGUCCUGAAGGGGGUACUCAAAGCUAUGGAGAAUUUAGCGUCACAAACAGAUCCUUAGAUGAAUCGUUGGGACGAGGCUGUUUGUAUA